UCCUGCCGGAAAAGAGUCUGGGGAAUGCAAGGCUCCAAUACAAACGGUGUCCUUCCGAUUGGAUUUGCAGACAGUAUUCGCAAAGCCGGGUGCCUGUUUCUGAAUUCGACGCUUGGAGCGGUUGAGGGUCUCUCCGAAGUGAAGGAUCUCGCAGGGAUCGACACGAGCCGCAUAUUCGCCUUCGAUGGACGGCAUGCAGCGAUAUUGGUGACAGAAGAUUGCACUCGGGUAUUCUGCCAACAAAUUUCAGCCGGCCUCUACGAUUUAGGAGUGUCCAUCGAGCCAAGACCUGACUGGCAAGACAUCCUUGAUGCAGCUGCAUCAUCUCUCAUUCCGGAUGGCGUGGGUAGUAACGCGUGCGGAGCCGUCGGCGGAAUGGAACCGCUAUUCAACGCGCUACCCUUGUGGGCAUCUGUGGUGCAUGUGGCGCCACAUCGGGUUUCAGUUCACCAACGCAGCUCUGACGGCGUCACGGAUGGCGUGGCUUUUCAACACUCCCUCGUAAACGGAGAUGGCGGGCUUGUCUCAACGGCGAAGGAAGAAAUGUACCACAACAGCGUUCAAGAUGCAUUCGUCAUUUUUAACACCCAUCCUUCCGGUUCUACGAGGUUUGUUGAACAUUCUCAAGCGUUGACGAGUGGACACACCCGUUCUUCCGAAGCACGCCGCAUGGUGCCCAAGAAGACCUCGCCACCCAGGCGCAAGAGGAAGGAUCCGAAUCGUCCGCGUGGCUAUGUCAGUGCCUUCAACUUCUUCGUCAAGGACAAGCGAUCAGCCUACGUUCGGGAUGCGCAGGGGGUUUCUCCCGGAAACAACAAUGAAGUGAACAAAAUGCUUGGUCAGGCUUGGAAAGAAUUAACCACCGAAGAGAAGAACUGUUAUCAAGCGCGGUCAGACGUGGACAAGUGUCGCUACCUGAAGCGUGGGAUAACGCCUUUUGGUCGCAGCCGCGGAAUACGUCGGUAG